GAUAUGCUACAGCCCUCGCGGGUCGCCUCGCAACAACGAUUUCCUUGUGUUGUGUUUUCGCGAAGACACUGCUACUAUUAUCUCGAGGAAAGAAACACCAAACGAUACUUUUUUUCCGCAGGUCUUUUUUCUCUUGCCUGUCAGAAUUUACGUUUGUGUGUUGAUGUACCCGUUCACAUCUUGUUUUGUUGGGUAGCCGUUCGUGACAGGCGAAACUAACUAUUAGCUAGGCUCUGGCUUGCUAGUCAGUUAGCCAAGUGUCAAGACUGGUCCAGCUGACAGAACUGAGCAUCACAUAAUACGACUGUACGAAACCCAUCUCAGAUCCGUCUCAGAAGAAAGGAAAUGUCGCUCAAACACGUGUCAUGUUAAUUUAAACACUUGUGUCGUUUCGGAGCGGGUUCUGUUAUUACGCGGCUAGCUGCUUAGCUGACUUUAACAGCCGUGUUACUGUUGUCGUACGCCUUAACAACUGCUUAUUUGUUUUGAUCGGGCUGUGUUGGAGAAAUGGGUUCAAUUCUCAGUCGAAGAAUCGCUGGAGUUGAGGACAUCGACAUCCAGGCUAAUUCAGCGUACAGAUAUCCUCCAAAAUCAGGAAACUAUUUUGCCAGCCACUUUUUCAUGGGAGGAGAGAAGUUUGACACCCCUCAUCCAGAGGGUUACCUUUUCGGGGAAAACAUGGAUCUCAACUUUCUUGGUAACCGCCCAGUGCAGUUUCCCUAUGUUACUCCAGCACCCCAUGAGCCAGUCAAGACUUUGAGAAGUCUUGUCAACAUCAGAAAAGACUCAUUACGAUUAGUCAGGUAUAAAGAUGAUGCUGAUACUCCUACUGAUGAAAGCAUAAAACCGAGGGCCUUAUAUGGAGUGGAGUUCACCUUUGACUCAGAUGCGCGAGUGGCCAUCACCAUCUACUGCCAGGCUUUUGAGGAGUUCUCCAAUGGGAUGGCAAUGUACAGCCCCAAAACCCCUGCAUUGGUCUCUGAAACCGUAUAUUACAAAAGAGGGGUUAGCCAGCAGUUUACCCUGCCAUCCUUCAAGAUUGAUUUCUCUGAAUGGAAGGAAGAAGAUCUUAACUUUGAUUUGGACAGAGGUGUUUUUCCCAUGGUGAUUCAGGCUGUGGUCGAUGAAGGAGAUGAUUGCUUGGGACAUGCACAUGUACUACUGGCAGCGUUUGAAAGACAUGUUGAUGGCAGUUUCUCAGUGAAACCAUUGAAGCAGAAACAAAUAGUGGAUCGUGUUAGUUACUUGUUACAGGAGAUUUAUGGAAUUGAGAACAAGAACAAUCAAGAGACAAAGCCAUCCGACGAUGAAAACAGUGACAACAGCAAUGAGUGUGUGGUGUGUCUGUCGGAUCUGCGGGACACUCUGAUUUUACCUUGUAGGCAUUUGUGUUUGUGUAACUCCUGCGCUGAUACUCUACGCUACCAGGCCAACAACUGCCCGAUCUGCCGACUACCAUUUCGAGCUCUUCUUCAGAUCCGAGCUGUAAGAAAGAAGCCUGGAGCGCUUUCUCCUGUUUCCUUCAGCCCAGUGCUAGCGCAGAGCAUGGACCAUGAUGAGCACUCCAGCUCAGACUCGGUUCCCCCUGGCUUUGAGCCCAUCUCCCUGCUGGAGGCUUUGAACGGUCUUGGUGCCGUGUCCCCUGGCAUUCCUUCUGCGCCUUUGUAUGACGAGAUCAACUUCUCUGGGAGCCUGAGUGGAGAGAGCCGGCAACUCAGUUCACCUGACCACUCUGGAGACAGUGCCGGACAGAAGAGCAAAGUCAGCAAGUCACCAGACAGCACUCUACGCUCUCCAUCAUCACCCAUUCAGGAGGAGGAUGAAGAAAAACUGUCUGAGAUGUCUGAUGCACAAGCUCACAUGCUGCUGUCCAGCAGUCCCGCCCCCACUGAGGGUACGGCUGGGGAGGACGCCCCUGAUUCACUCUCUCCUGAAGAUGAGGAUGGACUAAAUUUGGAGGAAGAGGCCAUGAAUGACUGUAGCAGCGAGCACAGCAGCUAUACCAAAACUGAAAGUGACCCACCUGGAGACCUGUCCCUCCCCGCUCUAGGUCCUGAUUCCUGCUCUAUUGGUAUGGAAGAGUAACUGGUUUGUCUGGUUCAACUGAAAGUCUGAACACUCAGAGUACCUGCUGCUCCAGCCAGCCUCUCCUUGGUCCCUCAAGCCAUUUUCACAUGGACGAUGAAGAACUGGAUAUUUAACCAUGCAGGCCCAUCUCCUCUGAAAACUAUGUACAUCCCGACAUUAAGUUUCCUUUAAUGUCCCCACAUUGCAGUUUGAUGCACUCCCAUUUCAGUAUCCAACUUUUACUAUAUGAGUGACUCUAGUUUCAGUCCUUUUGUUUUUGAACAUAACUGGCUGAGGCUGAUGAGAUUUGUUCUGUUUGUCAUAUUUCUUUGUGCUUGAUUUUAGGGCUCUAUUUCAUCGAGUUGCCUACUUAAUUCACCCAAAAACGGUCACCCUCACAUUAUUCAAACCAUGAAUUAUUUUCUUUCUUCCAUGAAUUAGAAUGUCAAAGCUUAUUUUAUCCAUAUUUUGAAAGUGGAUGGUGAUUUGAUAAGCUCCAUAAAGCACUGUAAAAAAAUAUCAUUAGUCUGUACUACAUAUCAAGUUGUCUGUAUGACUUAUAUGCUAUAUAUUAUUCUUCCUAAGCCAUACAGUAUGAUUUGUGUGAUAAACUCUAAACUCCAUCUAAAAAAAGCCUUUAUGGAAACUUUUGAAGCUUCGCCAUCCAUCUUUUCGUGGUAAAAGAAACAAUGUGGUUAUAAUGACAUGAGGGUGAAUAAAUGGUGAUAAUUUUCCUUGGUAGAAGGAUGUUGCAGGUGCAUCUAUGGUUCCAUUAACAACCUUUAACAUCCAGAAACCUUUCCAUUGCACAAAAGGCGUAGUUUAAGAGUGUAGUUGAGGAGGUUGAGGGAGCAGAACGCCAUCUCAGUGCUUGGUUAUGUGAUACUUAAUAUAGACCUUUGAUCUGGACUAUAUUAUAACACUUAUUAACAUACAGCAGGUUUAUAGACAAAGCACAUUUAAAUAAAAACUCAUUUCAGGUUAUCUCUAAGACUAAACAAAAGUAUUGACUCAAUAAAUGAUCGUAUUAAACUCAUUAGUAAGUAAUACAGAAAUAUAACUGCUUUUGAAAUGUUUUUAGUAAGUGCUUAAAUGUCCUGAACUUAUUUUUUGUGCGCUGACUGAAGACAGUCAGAAAACACCUCGGAAUAUAUACAUUCAUGAUUUCAGAUGUAAUAUUUAUAGUGAUCAAAUAAUGUUGAAAAUGGUGGACUUGUCAGUUUAAUGACAAAAAUAUUGUGUGGUCUAACAGUGUUUUAAAUGUGCUUGCUUGUUCAGCUAUUUAUGCUCUUUAAAACUUUAAGGACUAAAAAAAGCCAUGAUGGACUCUAUUUACCUCUUUAUUUGCUUUAUAAAUAUUGUUGAAGUAUGAAGUACUUCAACAUGAGAAGGCAUUCCUUUCAUGUGUCGGUUCAGAUGUUAUUUAAUCACUUUAGCUUUGUAAAUAUGUGGCAGGUUGGUUGUAUUUCUUCACAGCAGGACCUUGUAUUUCUAAGAAAGGAAAGAACAGCUCAAUGAACAAGUCACAAGAAGCAUGAAGUCUCAUUGUUCUCCUCAAACAUGCAGAUAUGCUGUGUCUUGUUGCAUUAUGCACAGAGGUUUAUGUGCCUUUAAAAAACAAAGCAAGUGUUGCUAUAGCUUUUGCUCAUAGCUGUGCUGUUCAUCUUGAAAGCUGUAACCUUUAGCCUUGAUUUACAUUUAUGCAUUACAUGUGUGGCUACUUAUUUUUAAUGUCCAUUUUGAAGAGCAGAUCAUUUUAAAUUGAUAUUAAGAAGGUAACGUAUUGCUUAUACUGAACAUGAAUACAAAUAAACUUUGUAAUGCUAUGAUACAUGA